AUGAAAAUUGAAACUGCAAGGAAAACAACGAUAGUCAGAAUGCCUUUUCAACCAGCGAUUUCCUACGAUUCCGAUCUCAAAGUCUGGAGCGGCGAUCAAGUAACUCACUACUUUGAUCCGCACUUGUCCAUCGGAGACAUCAUUUUCCAUGAGAUGCGAAGGCAUCCCAAGCUCAUUGCUCAGAUCUCGGCCACGGAAAACACAGUACUCACCAGAGGGGAACUGCAUGCGAACUCCAUGCGCGUUGCCAGCUAUAUGAGAUCUCUGGGUCUCCUCCAAUCCGAUGUGGUUGGCAUUAUCGCCAGGAAUACAACACACAUUUUCGCCGUGACCUAUGCCUGUUUCUUCAACGGAAUCGCUUUUCAUUCUCUCAACAUUGCCUACGAACAGAACACCAUUGAGAAAUUAUUUGACAUAACCAAGCCAAAGCUCAUUUUCUGCGAUGGAGAUGAAUUCGAGAAAGUUCGAGCUGCCACCGCUCACCAGAAUGUUAAAAUCAUCACCAUGCGUAAUCAUCCAUCUGGAUCUAUAACUAUCGAUCAGGUACUGGCCACCCCCAUCGAGGAUAACUUUCUGCCCUCCCAACUGGAACAGGGGAACGAUCAGACCCUGGCCAUUCUCUGCUCCUCGGGCACCACUGGAAUACCAAAGGCUGUUACCAUAACCAAUAGUCGACAGAUUUUAGCGGCCAGCUUUCGCUUGACAACCGAGGACGUUCAGUUCACCCAAAGCACUUUGGACUGGAUAACCGGACUUCUGACCACGGUCACCUCUGGGGUUUUCAGCACAAAACGCAUUAUAGCGGAUAAUGCUUUUGAUGCUGCCUUUUUCAUGCGACUCGUCGAGGAGUAUAAGAUCACCUGGACAAUUCAGGCACCCGCUCACAUGGCCAUGAUGGUGAACUGCGCCUCAUUCGACACUUCCGAUCUGUCGAGCAUCCGUUAUUAUCUUUUUGGAGGAUCGCGAGCAUCGGUGGAAACUCAGCAUCUGAUCAGGAAUCGUUUAAGUAGCAACUGCCUGCAUUUCGCCUACGGGUUCACGGAGCUGGGUGCCAUGGCAUCUAUGAAUUUUCACUUCGAUGAUAAACCAAACUCGGUGGGUCGCCUGGUCAGCGGCAUUAAGCUGAAGGUAGUUAGUGAGCAAGGCGAGUCCCUGGGUCCCGACGAGCUGGGGGAGAUAUGCAUCCAAAACGGCCAAUACUGGGCCGGGUACUACGGCAAUCCAGCGGAAACCCACUUGAUGCGGGACUCCCAUCUAUGGUUCCAUAGCGGAGAUCUCGGCUAUGUCGACGACGAUGGAUUCCUCUAUAUAGUGGAGCGGAAAAAGGAUAUGUUAAAGUACCAGAACAUUAUGUACUAUCCCAAUGAGAUUGAAAGUGUCAUCUCCGAAAUGCCGGACGUGGUGGAGGUCUGUGUAUUCGGGGUUUGGGAUCAGAUCUAUGGCGAUGAAGCCGCCGCCGCUGUGGUCAAAAAACAAGGCAGUUCCCUGAAAGCCCAGGAUGUGGUGGACUACGUGGCGGAUCAUACAAAGGCCAAGUAUAAGCAGUUGAACGGAGGAGCCAUCAUCGUUGAGGACCUCAAACGCAGUCCCAAUGGAAAAACUAAUAGAAUGGCUAAUAAAGCGCAUUUUUUAGAGGUCAAAAACUCUAGUUAAUGUCAAAAAUUUUUUACUUCGUUUAAUAUUUAAUAUUAGUUGAACAAUUAAAAUAACAUAUAUGGAUCUUA